GUCAUAGCGCUGUUUCGUGACGUCAUAGGCCGUGUCAAGGAAGUCCGGUGCGGUUUGCGCAUGCGGGCUUCCUCUGCUCUUCUUCAGCAUCUUUCCGAUGGCGGGGUCUGAGAAGGAGGAACGAUGGCUUUUUACCAAAACGGAUAUUUCUCAUUCUCCCAGUACACGGGGUCCUGAUCCUUUAGACCCGAAGAAGGAGUUACAUUACAGACAGAUGGCCGCAAAUUUUAUCCAGGAGAUGGGCCAAAAGCUUCAGGUUACCCAGCUGUGUAUCAACACUGCUAUCGUGUACAUGCAUAGAUUUUAUAUGUUGCGGUGUUUCCAAAAGUUCAGCAGGAAUCAAAUGGGCUCAGUUUGUCUGUACCUUGCUGCCAAGGUUGAGGAACAACCACGGAAACUUGAACACGUAAUAAAAGUGGCAUAUGUGCUACAACAUCGCGAUGGAAACCUAGACACUAAGAGUGAGACUUAUCUGAUGAUGACAACAGAAUUGGUGAGAAAUGAGAAUAUACUUCUACAAACGCUUGGUUUUGAUUUAACUGUUGAUCAUCCUCACACUCAUGUUGUCAAAACCUGUCAAAUGGUGCGAGCCAGUAAGGAUCUUGCUCAGACAUCAUACUUCCUUGCAACAAACAGUUUGCAUUUAACCACAAUGUGCUUGAUGUACAAACCAACAGUCGUUGCUUGUGUCUGUAUACAUCUUGCUAGUAGGUGGGGUAGCUGGGAGUUGCAGUCAUCUGCUGAAGGGAAACCCUGGUAUUCGUACGUUGAAAAGUCUGUCACUCCAGAUCUUCUUGAGGAGCUUACCAUCGAUUUCCUAGAAGUUCUUGAUGGAUGUCCAACUCGAUUAAAGAAAAAAAUCAUGACUUGGAGAUCUGGUCGAGAUAAAGAUGAUGAUAAAGACAAGGAUGGACCACCUGAAAAGAAAAGUCGUCUUGAUAUACGAGGAACGUCUAAUUCUACAGCCAUUGGUAGCAGUCCUGGUCCAUCUGCCGAAAGCGAUUUCACGAAGGAACGCUUGAACAUUGCCUCUUCGCCUUCAGACCGGAAGGUCCGCUUCAAGGUGGAAACCCCUGUGAAAGUACUAUCACAGUCUGAAAAAUCUAGUUUUCCAUUGGACUCUACUGCUGUUGGUGUUCCUGGAGUUCCAGCAACACAUGCAGCAGCUUCUGCUGCUGCUGCUGCUUCAGUUAGUAGCAGCAGUAGUAGUAGUAGUAGUAGUAGUAAUCCAAAACUUGAUCAAAGAAAAAAGAUGCACAAAAGUUCUGUGCCACGUGCAGAUUCUAAGUCCUUAUCUGAUAGACAUUCACACAUUGUGCGUCCCCAUCAGAAUGCACCUCUGAAACUAACUAUAAAAACUCCCAUUCCUCCGUGUGAUGGUGAGGCUAAAUUACCCGGGUCUAGCCAAGUGUCUGGCAAAUGGAGCAAUCAAAACCGAUUAAAACUUGAUAACCAUACGGGUUCAGCAAAUGUUAGCAUGAAACAACUACACAAUAGUAAGGUGGACUAUCCCCCCUUAGACCGUAUGAAAGAUGUGAACCAUAUGGUUAACAUGAAGGGUCAUAUAGACCCCUAUUCACAGAAAUCAGUGACAGGCAGAAUCGAUCCCAUGCUACAGAGCUCAGCUACUUCUAGUAAGUCACAUUUUAAUCCAAAUAAUGCUUACCCCGUUGUAAACCCUUCUUGCACUUCAAAUGAUGUACAGUUUGAUUCGACAUAUAGGAACUCUGCUCGAAGACAGAAAGUGUGUGAUACAUCUCAGACACCUUACAAAAGUGGAUCCAAACAGCAACAGUUGUCUGCAUCGCAAUCAUUACGCUAUAACUCUUAUUGUCAAGGUUCAGAUUUAAGGCUGGACAAUGAAAAACUAAUCGGACACAACCUAGAGUCUAAUGGAAGCGGGCUGUCUAACUUGCACUCUUCUCAGGCAUUAACAAACCCUCUCCCCUCUUCUGUUACACUUGCCUCAGCUUCAAAUGCCACAGGUGGACAAGAACAAUUUGGUGAACUACAAAUGCAGAUACAGCAGUUAAUAGAUAUACAGAAAAAAAAUAUUCGAGAACAUAGGCAGAAAUAUACCAUGGAUCUGCACAAAUGAUGAUGAUGAGUUUAUAAUUGUUCCAGCUAAACUUUGCCCUAAUAAAUUUUAAAUCUAGGUCUUUCUCUUUACACAGCCUGUUUCUUCAAUCACCAUCAAUAAAUAUUCUUAAGGGAA